AUGGCCACAACUCUCAAGAACAAUGUCGAAGACAAGCAAGCAGCUUUGUCCCCUCGACUCAAGGGUCGGGAAAAUGCGAAGGAUACGCUGUGUCGCAAUGUCACGAUUUAUGGAAAGUGCCGCUAUGAGGACAAGGGAUGUGCCUUCAACCACAAUAUAGAAAGGUCGGCCUCCGAGAAUGGACAGAAUGACAGCCAGUCGAAGAAGACUCUGAACGUCGACUCUCCCAGUUUCACUCCUUCCUUCCUGUCUCCGAACGGUGCGAACGCUGCCAUCAAAAAAUCGGCCGGCAUCUCCCCCAAGGCGGCAAGCGCUGCCCCUUUCAUGCCCAAGGCCAUCAUCUCCCGGUCUUCAAAUGCAACACCCCUUCAGGAUGCGCGAACGCCAGAUUGGGCUAUGGUUGACGUGCAGGAGUUUGUUCCUAGGCGGGCGCAGGAGCCGCCGUUAGUAAGUUGGCUUUGCAAUCCUGAUAAUGACUCUUCUACAAACGAGAAUGAAAUUCCUGUUGCGCAUAAUUUCGAAACGUUUCAACCUGGCCCCGCCCCGAAUCCAUACCUCGACCAUGGCAUAAACGGAGCUGCCUUCUUUCAAAGCAAUCCAAGUUUCCAAUUGCCGGUGCAAUAUCACCAGUAUGCACCCAUCGGGCAUCACAGCAGCAACCUUACCCCUUAUCAGCGGACAGUGCACGACCUUUUCAUUCCCAAUGAUUUGCGCGAAGAAAUUCAGAAAAAGCUCGCCGCAACCCUUCAAACUCUACCAAACUCGCAGUUGCCGAGUCACAUCGAAAGCUAUCAUUCUCUGGUACCGCUUGACACCAAUCAUAAAAGCUCGACGAUUUUCGGAGGCUACACUUCCUGGGUGUAUAAAGCCCAAUCCAGCACCAACGGUCAAUAUUAUGCUCUUCGCCGAAUUGAAGGCUUCCGUUUGACGAACGAACUUGCCAUCCGAUCCGGGCAAGCAUGGAAGAACGUGAUCAGCGCCAGCGUCGUCCGGAUUGUGGAUGUCUUCACAAACCGUGGAUUCGGCGAUAGCUCGCUUUUUAUAGCGACCGAAUACCACCCCCUUUCCAAAACCCUGGCGGAGUACCACCACAUAGGCCCAAAUUGGGCACGGCCUGCCCGGAAUAUCAAAGAACAAGUCACGGAACCAACCUUGUGGAGUUAUGUGGUCCAGAUCGCAUCGGCUCUCAAAGCAAUCCACAGCAGCGGCCUUGCUGCCCGAGUCCUUGAUCCCAGCAGAAUCCUGGUGACGGGGAAAAACCGAAUCCGACUCAAUGGCUGCGGAGUCCUGGAUGUGGUCCAGUUUGACAGCAGUAGUGGUGCACCCGUGUCCCAGCUGCAACGGCAGGAUCUCGUGAAUUUCGCAUUAGUGAUUCUGUCAAUUGGCUCUGGAAUCGCAGACGCCGGAGCGAACUUUGCGCGAAACAUGGACAUGUUUAAACGAUUCUUCAAACCCGAGCUCCAAAACGCUGUUGUGUGGUUAUAUUCCGCUAUGCAGAAUCAAGAAAAGACGAUCGACCAAUUUGUCACAUUGAUUUCGAAUCAGAUGAUUACAGCCUUCAAUGCCGCCCUCCAUACCGAUGACACUUUAUAUUCGGAAUUGAGCCGGGAAGUGGAGAACGCCCGCCUCGUCCGCCUCAUGGCGAAGUUGGACUCUAUCAACGAGCGCCCGGAGUACGAGCAUGAUCGCGCAUGGUCAGAAAACGGCGAGAGGUAUUACCUCAAACUAUUCCGAGACUAUGUCUUCCAUCAGGUCGACGCCCAAAAUCGCCCGGUCGUCGACAUCGGACAUAUUGUCACAUGCCUAAACAAACUGGAUGCCGGUACAGACGAACGUAUAACGUUGAUUAGUCGCGAUGAGCAGAGCUGUUUCAUUGUCAGCUACCGAGAGUUGAAGAAGGGGGUAGAAUCGGCUUUCCAGGAUUUAUUAAAGAGAAGCGCUCCGCUACGUUAG